CGCCGCACUUCCGGCCGCGAGCGUUCAGUGCGAUUAAUUAAGGUCAAGGUGACGACGCAAAAGCCAGCUGGGGAGCAUUUCGCCCAGAGAUAAAUUCGUCCCUCUGUAUCUCUGCGAGACAGCAGGGAGGGUCCCCGGUGGCAAAUACGGCUCCAGCCAUGGGCAGGCCCUACUCAGUCUUUGGAUGAAGAAGCCUGGAGAUUCCUGAGCUAUAUCAGCACCACCCAGGAGUCUCAUCAACGCGAAAUGUUCUAAUGAUUCAUGCUGAAGUGUUUUAAAGAUCCACUUUAGAAAAUUGCUUUGGAGAACCGUGUGAAGCACCAGAUUCAGCCCUGUGAAUUGUGUGCGAUCACAUGAGUGCAGACAGCCUGGCUACUGACUCCAGCCCUGCAAACAAACCCUGGUUGGUGUGUCUUGACGACAGGUUUGGCUUGGCUCAUCAAAUCCGCAGCAAGCAGUGUCGCCUCUACUCCUUAGGGCUGGGAAGUGAUGAUACCCAUUUUGAGGUGAGCAUGGCCAACGAUGGAUGUGAAGUGCACCGUUUUGACCCUAGUGUAAAAUCGGCUCACGUUCUGGAGAGUCAGCGCCUGUGGUAUCACCGCCUAUCCAUCGACUGGCGGGAUCCUCACCCUGCACUUGCUGCCCAAAAGCCAUACAGCAACACCAGGAAACUGGGAAGUAUUUUGAAUGAAUUUGGGCAUCACAAGAUUGAUGUUCUCAAGGCAGAUCUGGAAAGCGCAGAAUGGAAAGUUUUGGAAAAUCUUAUUCUGGAAGAUGUCCUUGAGCAGAUUGGACAGCUCAUCUUUGAGAUUCAUCUCCACUGGCCUGGGUUUGAAGUCAGCGGCAGUGACAGCAGUGUUGUACGGUUCUGGUACAGUCUACUCAAAGAGCUAGAACAGAAGGAUUUCAGGCUUUUUCACAGUUAUAAAGAUUUAUCUAAACCUCAGCUCUUCCUGAAGAAAGAAAUUUUCAAUGCAAGUAGCUGUUACACUUUGAGUUGGGUGAAUACAAGAUGGAAAUAGGACAUAGGACUUCCUCAAAAACAGCAAGAAAUAUUGUGCAGAAUUGAGCAUGUCCACUGCUCUGGUCAUCCAGCCUCUCACUGGCCUGUUAUUACUGACUCAAGCAGGGCUUGUGUUAUUGUUCCUGUAGGUAUGUACCCGGCCGCCUGUGUGUGAUGGGGCAGUUGAUACUUGUUGAAGGGAUGAGCUCUGUCACCCUCAUUUCCUAAAUGCAGGCUCUUUGUGUUUUUGCCUCUAGCAGUGGGAAUGUUUGUCCUCCUUCACCUUCAUUUGGAGCUAAACCUUCAGUUCAUCCAGGUUUCUCUAAAAUUCAUUGUGUGCCUAGAGUCCAUGAAUUUACAAACACUAAAAUUAUACAAGUUUUCCAUUUUUACUAAGUCGAUAUUCUGAAGUUCAUUGUCCAUUUCAAACUGGGUGUUUCAUCUCCCUUCAGGUCAUCUCUUUCAAGGUUUUGCUUCUCUACCUAGUCAGCGAACCUCGUGGAUAUCGAAAUUCCUUCUCAGCCUUGGCGGAAGCCACACUGUGACUUUAUAAGAACGACUGAUUCUGGCUCCUGGGAAUUCAGACAUACCAAAUUCUGACCUGAGUUUUUUAAAAAAACAAGACUAUCAACAGCUUCAAUUCAAGAAUCUUUUCAUGUGUAGCCUUAAGUCUCCUUUAUUACUUAAAAAUCAAAGCCUCCUCUGCCUCUUCUGCUUUCAAAGAUGAAUUCCCUGCCACAGACCUGCUUAUGCUGUCAAAUCUUUUCUUUUAAAUACACUAUCUCAAGCUCUAAGUAUGUUUUUCCUUUCUGCCAGUUGGCAUCAUUUGUAAGACUAUGUCCUGGAAAUAUCGAAGCCCCUGCCCCAGUGUUUCGGUGCUUCAAAUCCUUUUUGUGUAUUUAAAAAAAAAUUAAGCAGAUCAUGCAGGUUCUCAAUGACUCAAAAGGUUUCUGUCAUUCCUGUUGAUAGGACUAGGCAUGUGCCUAUGAAUGCUUUACAAAAAAUUGUUUUGAACAAGUUAAUGAGUGUAAAAUAAGACAAAUUAAUUAAGUAUAUUUCUGGCAUUUUUUUUUAAUCCUGACACUGUGAAAACUAGGUACAUUGUUCAAAUAAUUUUUGGGAGGGAAUAGAAAUUGGGUGCUUUAUCCCAUCUCCCAGUCUUGUUCGUUUUUUUCUUUUUCUUACACAUUCCAUAGACAUUCCCUGUGUUGGCUUUUUGGUUCUUGUAAUGGUUUAAAAAACACUAUUCUUCAAAUAAGAAACCAAACCAACAUAUAUUAGAAUAGGAUGAUCGCAUUAACUUGAGUUCAAAAGAGAACAGAAUUCCUGAAUUAGUUGUGAAUUUUUAAAAAUAUGAGGUUUUUAUUUUGAAAUUCAUAAAGCACAAAUAAAGGAUGUUGGGUUGAGAGGGCCAGCUUGCGUAAGUGUGGUUAGAAAUGGCAGUUCACUCUUCAGUGUGAGUAGGCCAGUGGUGAACCUGGGGCCCGUGUGAGCCAAGGCACUCGGCAUUGCCCCAGCAGCAGAGUAUUCAGAUUUAAUUGCAGUGCUGGCACUUGAUGAUAAAUAUGUGGGUUUUGGGUUGCAGUUUGGGCCCUCGGUCUCUAAAAUGUUCCAUCACUGACAGGGAUUUUAAAUGUGCAGAAGCACCCAUGAAAUCUCAGAAAUAGUUUGUACUCUUAGUUUGUAUGACGUCAUCUUCAAAUCAAAGCUAACUGUAGUCCAGUUCUGUUUGGAUUACACUAUAGAUUUUUUUCAUAAAAAAUUUAUACACUAUAUGGUAAAUAUUCACCGAAGUGUGGAGUGUACUAGUCUUAAGUGUGUAGUCUGAUCAACUUUUAGAUAUGUCCAUACUGGUAUUAAGAUUUUUAAUUCACAGAGUGGAAGAUUUAUGGCAUUCCUGGAAGCUCCUAUGUAUAAAAGAAGUUAGCUAAUUAAUCCAGAUUGGUUGUACAGAACAUUAACUUCUUCACACUAUAUAUAUCCAAAGCAAGAACGGAUGUACUGUUAAGAAGAAUAAAUCACAAACACACCCACCCUUACCCACCUACCAGGCAGACUGUUCAAUAGUUGGCCAUUUUUAUGUAUGCUUAUUCCCUUCAUGGGCAGUUUGAAAUUUAUGAUGAUAAACUAGUGGUUGCUAGGGUUUCCCUGCCUCUAGAAUUGAUUGUGUUUACCAGGGAGACCAGAGUUUCUUAACCGUAGCACUACUGCUAAUGGGGACUGGACAAUUCUUUGACGGGGUAGAGGGUGUUAUAAGAUGAUCAGCAGUGUCACUGGCCUCCACCCACUGGCUGGCAGGAGCCACAGCCUCACCCCUCAAGCUGUGACAACCAGAUGCCGGCGGACAGUGCCAAAUGUGCCCGGGAGGGCAAAACUAUCCACUGGGGGAAGUACUGAUGUGGGCUGUGGGAGGAGGGCCAAGCUGCUGUAGUGCUGGUAUUUGCAGGUAAAGGACAGGCAAAUACAAGAUCCUCUGUGGAGGAACGGACAAAGCAGUAGCCAUCACCCCCAGAACCACCACAAAAUGAGCAUAAACGGAAUACAACAAAAAAGCAAACACAAGGUUUACUAUUUACAAUAUGCCAGGUGCUUUGCAUAAAUCGUUCCUAAUUCAAUAAUCCAACAAAGAGGUGUAAUGUUUCCAACUGUACGGGUAGAGAAAGUCUGAGAAGUUACACAGUUUAUUCAAAAUAUUCAACUAGGCCCUGUGGAAUAGGAAUCCAUGCUUCAAUCUGUCGGGUCCCACAAGGACUGUGCUGGGAUCCCACCACCACACAGCCUCAUAAACAUUACCAAGCAUGAUAUGCUGCAUCAGAAGGUCACUUGAUUUGCCUCCUUAUUAGUGUAGAGGGGGAAAAACUACCUUAGCAAAAAUGAACAAACUGAAGGUCCACCAAUACUUAUAUCAGGGAUAAAAGUAAACUCAUGAAUAUAUAGUGUUGUUCAUGUAAGCUUUUCUGCCUUGGUUGUAAAAUCUUACAGUAAAUACUGUCCAAGAUUUGAAUUUCUUAAUUAUAAAUGUUGGACUUUACAGUUUGGAUUAAACCGGCAAGCCAGGCUCAUAGUUUGGCCAGUUUUAAAAUAAAGGCCUCAUUUAAAUGUGUUUUUCUACAUCAUAAUAAAAUGGCACCCUCAAGCUCAGUUAAUAUAAUUGUUCUUUACUGCUGGAGAUAAAUUUAUGCUUGCUUUUUAAGUAAUAACAAUUCUUUUUGUACUAGCCAAUUGCUGAUAGUUUGUAAAUUUUACCUGAUGCCAAAAUAUCUUUCUUUUACUUACAUUAAAGAGAUGAGUUUUAGUUCUAUGAACUCAUAACCGAGAUUCAAUAUUUUUUAAACUGCCUAAAGAUUAUAUUUUUUUGAAUAAUUUUAUCAUCUCUGUCCCUAAAAAUUAAACUGUACAGGGUUAAUGUCAGCACACUUUAUGUUUAGAAUUAUAUGGGAAAAUGCCAGUCCUUAACGUUUUAAAACUAACGCUGUCUAAAACCAGUAGCUUUAUAGUCUCAUAUACAAUGAGUGUAACUAACAUUUUCUUAGUAUUUAGUUUUGUACUGUAAAAUUGAAGCAAGGGAUUUUUUUGGGUGGGGUCCAAGUUUGAAUUCUAAGCUGGACUGCUUCAAUAGAGAAGCCCAGUGUACACUGGACUGUUAUUCAAAUAAUAGGUACCAGUAGAUCUGUUGAAUAACAGGAUUGUAAUUAAUGACAAUGAACUGUGUACUCAAAAUUUGCUGAAAGAUUUUAAAUGCUCUUACCCCCUAAAAAUGCUAAGCAUGUGAAGUAAUGGAUGUUAUCUUGAUUUAAUCAUUCCACAUACUUACAUAUACACUCAGAUAAUUUUUUUCAGAUAACAUUCUUAUAUGUGAUAAGAAUAUGUAAUUUUGAUUUAAUUUGAAAAAAGUACAUUCCAUGAAAUACUUUGGACAUAUUUAUAGAAAACAUACAGAUACCAUCUUGCAGUACAGUAAGUCCCGAGGGAUCCCAAGGGACCUCACAUUGUGCAGAAUUUGAGACAUGAACAAGUCGUGGAAGUAGCUCAUGGGUCUGCUGGAUGUUGUCACAGUUGUGCUGCUGUGUGCUCACUGUACAGUGCAAUAGUGUGCAGGAGUACAGCGCUCAGUCAGAGCCCAGGGUGUCCGGGAGCAGGAGGAAAAGCAGUGGUGAUGUGGAGGGGAUGCUAGGAAGCACAAAGCAAUACACAUUGUGUAUCUGUGUCAAAUGUAUGUAAGACUCACUUUGUUGGACUUUUGAACAAAUCCAAUUUACAAACAUUCUCCAGGAAUGGACUAAGUUCAGGACUUACUGUAGUGCUAUAGUGUUUGCAAGUGGCUGUGGUCCUAAGUGACCCAUGGGGUCCUCUUCCCCUGUAACCCCUCCCGUAAGAUGCCUAGACCUUCCUGACAGAGCAAUUAAAGGUUAGUGCACAGCUGAUUAAUAGAGCGACUAAAGGUUAAUACCCAGGACUAGAGGGGGCCACUAGGCCUUGAUGCAGCCUUGUGUCAGCUCCUAUUCUGCUUUGUCUUCUGCAUAAUUGUCACUGUGUGGUGGGGCAUAGCAGCAUCCAUUCCAGGGUGGGCAUUUAUAAAAGUCCAAGUGGGCUCUAUAAUAUUAGUGAGAAAUCAUAACUAUGUAUGGAUAGAAAGAAAUAAGUAUCUGAUUACAAUGGAUUUCUCAAGGAUUGAUGUCAGAUCUAAUGUGAGCUACUUCCACGACUUGUUCAUGUCUCAAAAUCUGCACAAUGUGAGGUCCCUUGGGAUCCCUCGGGACUUACUGUACUGCAAGAUAGUUUCUGUAUGUUUUCUAUAAAUAUGUCCAAAGUAUUUGCUGAGGAACAACUGCCCUCCCUUUAGUUCCCGCUCUUCCUCCCUAGUGGCCUCCAUUUUCUCUGUCCUCACUCUGUAUCUUAAUGGGUCUCCUUGCACAGUGUCUGUCUGUGUGCGUCAGCAGCCCCAGCGCCUACCAUGGAACCUGUGAAGGGUGCUCCAUAAGUAUUUGCUGGAGAUAAGCACAAAAAGCUUUUUUACAUUAGAAUUAUUUCAUCAUCAUUUACUACUGAACUUUUCUCCAGCGUUAGAAACCCCUUUGGAAAUUAGAUGGAUCAUUCUCCCCUACUGUUAAAUUUAGGCACAAUUUGUAUCCGGGUAGGAGGUUAUUUCCACACUGAAGGGCAGGGGCUGUUUUUAUGCAAAUGACUCAAGUAACAUUGUGUUUAUUUGAUAAAAUGGACAUUUUGGGAAAGUAAAAUCAAGAUAAAAGACAUUGCAUAUUCCCAAGACUGAAGUAUGAGUCAAGGAAGUUUCCGUGUGGGAAAGAACCACAGAGGAAGUGAUGGAAGGGAUCAGGAGAAUGUCUUUCUGGUACAGGUUUUGUUUUGCCGAAGGAUGAAACCAGCAUUAUCUGAGUAGCUGCGUUUCCCUUACACUACCUAACAGAAGCAGCAAUCUCUAUGUCGGCCAUGUAUGUGUGUACCUACAUUUAUAUACCUAUAUUUUCAUCUUUUGUUAGUUCAUUGUUUAUUUACCCACUGAUCAAAUAAACAUUUUAUAACAUGAAUUUUGA